AUGAGCUCAACAUCAUUCCCAACAUCUCAGUACUUCCCCCCUCGCCGCCGCGUCUGGCAGGCCUGCACAAACUGCCGCGCCCGGAAGACGCGAUGCGACGCCGCCAAGCCAAAGUGCAGCUUGUGCGUGACGCAGAACGUAGCCUGCGUGUACAGGGACUCGCAGCAGCCGAAGAUCGAGGCCAACACGCUGAUCCUCCUCGAGAGGAUACAGCUUCUCGAGGAUCGUAUCUUUGCGGCGCCGGGGUUUGGCGGCGGGCAAGACGAGAAUGCGACACAUCAGCCGCCUAGAGCAGGGUGGCAGGGUGGCGAUGAGAAUGAUGCGCCAGAGACGGACCAGCAGGAUUCUCAGAUCUUGAUCCCGUUAUCGCACACGGCUUGUGCGAAUCACGUGUUUAACUGGCCUGUUGUGCGGCAGCUGCUCUCGGAUAUCGCCCCGACAAGGGCCUCUCACGGGAAUGUUCUUUCGACUGAAGCGACCGACAUCUUCUUCCAGCAGAAGCCUGACCAGGAACCGAAGCCGUUUCCUCCGGAGUCUUGGAGAAUCUUUGGGCUUGGGGAUUCCUUGGAGAGGUAUCGACGCAUGUUGGACUCGUACUUUGCAGAGGUCAAUGUGUUCUUCCCGCUCUUGUCCCAUGAUGAAAUGCUGGAUGUGCUGCAUCGGGUCUCUGACUCUGAAGGGCGUGAUGAAGAAGGUAGUCAUCCCGUGUCGCCUGCUCGUUACUGUCUUUUGCUGCUUGUGCUUUGCUUGGGUGAUUUGGCUCCUCGGAAACGACCGUUCCGAUCACCAGAAACUGGGGAGGAAAGCCAGGAUUUUCCGGCUGAACUUCCAGAUGUUCAGCUGUGGCAGAAGGCGCAGCUGUUAAUGGGGCACAUCUCCUCGGAUCUGACGCUCGAGGCGGCGCAGUGUGCCAUGCUUGCUAGUAUAUACAUGGGAGCAAGAGGUCAAGUGUCGGGCUCAUUUCACUGGGCGCAUGCCACGGCUGUGAAAUGUGAGGCUUUGGCGAAGAGGACCCUCAUCGGCUCAAAGGAAAACGACGUCUUUUCCGAAGCAUUCCGUCGGCUGUACUGGGUAGCCUUCAUCUUCGAGGGUGACUUUGUCUCCGAAAUAUCCAUCACUCUACCCUCAGGCAUUGCCCGCUACGAGGACCUCGUCCCGUACCCCAUCCAAGGCGCUCCAAGUGGUGAAUCUAUCGAGACUGCCACGCUCAGACCGGAGCCCGCAUCGCUAGAUCCCGCAGAGGAGCUGGUUGCCUUCCAGAUCAGCACUAACGCCGCGAUCCGGCGGUUUCUCAACCACGUCAACAGCGUCGUCUACGACAGCAAGGACCACUUCCGAAUGACGCGGACCAACUACGCCAACUGGCUCCUCCGCACGACCGACGACCUCUGGUCUUACCACAGCACCAUAUACCGCAACCUCCCGGACGUUCUGCUUAGCCGGUCCGAGGAGCAGCCGCAGCCAGGUGAGGAGGCAUCCCCGGGAACGUCGAGGCGCCUGGGCAACCAUGCGUGGAAUAUUGUCCGACUUCAGGGGCGGUACUACGCCGGGCAGUACAUUGUCCACAGGCCGUUUAUAGAGUACGUCCUGCUCAACGUGGGGCACUUUCACACGCACCCGUGCAGGGAGGCCAUACUGGAGAGGUGCAGAAUGUGCCUUGAGGGGUGCAAGGGCUUUAUCGGCGUGUUUGAUGCGAAUCCUGUUAAUAGGAUAACAUGUUUGUUUGCGAGCGGUAUGGUUACCUUUACGAUGGUCAUGAUUCUGCGAAUCGCGACGUUUUGCGAUGUGCUGAGGGAGAUUUUGCCGGGGGAUAUCGAGGAGACGAUUCUGUUGGGGAAGAGGAAUCUGAGGAAGUUUGGGUUUAACAUUGGAGAGUUUGGCUGGCAUUUGGAGGUGCUGGAAAAGUUGGAUGUAGCGUGUAGGGAUAGGAUGGCUGCUUGA